CUCGACUGUCCUCCUCUCCCUUCGCUGCUGUGUGACACGUCGAUCUCCUUCCUCCCUCUCUCCCCCCCCUCCCCUCCCUUCCCCCGCCACUCCGCUUUUUGUUUCUUCCCUUCCUACCAUGUCCCGCAGCAAGGACCGUCGUAAGGCCGCCCGCCGCGGUAACGCCGCGGCCGAGCCCGACAUCAGUGGGCUCUCCAUCCAGGAUAAGGUGUUCAGCCCUCGGUCGGUGACCGGCAACCUGACCUCGCAUCCCCGGUCGCGCGAUGUCCACAUCGAGCAGUACUCCCUGCUGUACCACGGCCAGGAGCUCUUCGCCGACACGACCCUCGAGCUGAACCAUGGUCGCCGGUAUGGUGUCAUUGGUGAGAACGGCUGCGGCAAGUCCACCCUGCUGGAGUCCAUCAGCGAGCGUGACAUCCCGAUCCCGGACCACAUCGACGUCUUCCACCUGAAGCGCGAGAUCGAGCCCUCGGAGAAGACGGCCCUGGCCGCCGUGAUGGAGGUCGACGAGGAGCGCCUCAAGCUGGAGCGCAUGAUCGAGGAGUGCAUCACGGCCGAGGGCGCCGACAGUGAGAACCUCAUGGAUCUGUACGAGCGCCUGGACGAGCUGGAGGCCGACACGGCGGAGAUGCGCGCGGCCAAGCUGCUCUCCGGUCUGGGCUUCACCAAGGCCAUGCAGGCCAAGAUGUGCAAGGACUUCUCCGGUGGCUGGCGCAUGCGCAUUGCCCUGGCGCGUGCCCUCUUCGUCCGGCCGUCCAUGCUUCUGCUCGAUGAGCCGACCAACCAUCUGGAUCUGGAGGCCUGCGUGUGGCUGGAGAUGGAGCUCAAGAAGUAUGAUCGCAUCCUGAUCAUCAUUUCCCACUCGCAGGAUUUCCUCAACGGCGUGUGCACCAACAUCAUCCACUGCCAGAACCGCCAGCUCAAGUACUAUUCCGGCAACUACGACCAGUACAUCCAGACUCGUGCCGAGCUGGAGGAGCAUCAGAUGAAGCGCUACCACUCGGAGCAGGAGAACAUCGCCAAGAUGAAGGACUACAUUGCUCGCUUCGGUCACGGUAGCGCCAAGCUCGCCCGUCAGGCCAAGUCCAAGGAGAAGCUCCUGAACAAGGUGGUUGCCGGUGGUCUGACCGAGGCCGUCAGCAAGGAGCGUGUGCUGAACUUCCGUUUCAAUGAGUGUGCGCCGCUGCCGCCGCCGGUGCUCAUGGUGCAGAAUGUCUCCUUCGGGUACCCGGGCCAGCCGCUGCUCUACAAGGACCUGGAUUUCGGCCUGGAUCUCGAUUCGCGCAUUGCUCUUGUCGGCCCCAACGGUGCUGGUAAGUCCACCCUGCUGAAGCUCAUCGACGGUGGGCUGAUCCCCUCGGCUGGCCAGGUGCGCCGCCAUAACCACCUGAAGUUCGGCCGCUAUCAUCAGCAUCUGGCCGAGCACCUGGACCUGUCCCUCUCGCCGGUGCAGUACAUGAUGCAGUGCUUCCCGGAGAUCAACGAGGUGGAGCAGAUGCGCCGCGCGGUCGGUCGCUUCGGCCUCACUGGCAAGGCCCAGAUGACUCCGAUGAGCAGCCUGUCUGAUGGCCAGCGCUGCCGUGUCAUUUUCGCCUGGCUGGCCUUCACCAACCCUCAAAUGCUGCUGCUCGAUGAGCCGACCAACCAUCUGGAUCUGGAGACCAUCGACUCGCUGGCGGAUGCCAUCAACGAGUUCGACGGCGGUCUGGUGCUGGUUUCUCACGACUUCCGCCUCAUCAGCCAAGUGGCCGAGGAGAUCUGGGUUUGCGACAAGGGGACCAUCACCAAGUGGGACGGUGACAUUCUGUCCUACAAGGAGACCCUCCGUCAGAGUGUCGAGAACAACUAAUCUUGGUCCUUGCUUGUUGGGAUUUUCCUUCCGGCCAUGGGUGCGUCUGUUGUGUGCCUUGCAGGGAAAGAGGGAGGCCGGGCGCCGAGAGAGCAGCAGCGGCGGCGGCGGUGCCGGCGGCGAUGGCUCUCCGUCGUGCGCCCUCCUCCCCCCCUUCGCACCGCGCGUGCAUGGUCCCUGGCCUGGACGAGCCUCCGGAAUGUGCUUCCCUCCUUCCCCACAUAUCCACUCCAAUAUACUCUCCCCCCCCCC